UCUCGAGCCAGCCGUGGGUUCUUUGCUGAGAUGGGGGUGUAGCUGAGGAAGGAGCCUGGAAAGUAAGAGGAGAAAAAGAAAACAAAGGGGAUGGGUGAUGGGGCCAUCCACAGUGGCCUUGAAGCAGGACACCAUCUCCCUGCGAGAUGGGCAGACGACUCGGCUACUCCCUUGCCCAUAAAUGGCCAGAGCUCUCAUGGGGCCACCCCUUUGCCCCGCCACCCUGGCUCUCCCAGGCUGUUGCUCCUACAAAUGGGAAGCACAAGCCAGCAACACUAAGAAAGGAGCUCGCUGAGGGUGCUGCUGGAGAAGGUUCUUGGGAGGCAUCAGAAAUGAGUUUCUCACUGAACUUCACGCUGCUGGCCAACACGACUUCCUCCCCACCUGCUACAAGUGGGAAAGAAGCAGACUGUGGGCCCUCUCUUGGAUUAGCAGCAGGCAUCCCAUCCCUGGUGGCCACAGCCCUGCUGGUGUCCUUACUAUUCAUGCUGAUCCACCGAAGAAGAAGCAGCAAUGAUUCCACCGAGGAAAGUGAGAGGCCAUGUGAAAUUUCAGAAAUCUAUGACAAUCCCAAGAUUGCUGAGAAUCCUAGGAGGUCACCCACACAUGAGAAGAAUCUGAUGGGAGCAGAAGGAGCCCAUGUAUAUGUGAAGACUGUAGCAGGAAGCGAGGAGCCCAUGCCUGACACUUACCGUCCCACUGUCGAAAUGGAGAGAAGGAGGGGAUUGUGGUGGCUUAUGCCCAGGUUGAGCCUGGAAUGAUACAGUUCGAUCAAGGAGCAGAAUCUAGAGCUGGAACAGAACUGAAAACCCAGGGAUUUGUGCUUGGAGUGAUAAGAGAUGCCAAGCUGCUUCUUAACCAACCCAAAUUUCCUUUGAAGAUCUGAAAACUUUUGGAUUGGUUUGUCUCUGUAGGUGACAGAGCUAAGGGUUCAUUCCAACACUCAGAUCUUGUUGUUUAAUAAGCAGUGAAUCACCAAGUGAGGUCCAGAAGGAGCCUGUGGAUUUUAGUCUUGACCUAUGCUUUCCUUAAUGAUUUUGGGAAAAUGGUUUGAUUUCUGUAUGUCUUGCCUUACCAUCUUUUUUCCACAUCUU